AUGAAAGUGUUGCAGCACCUUAUCCUAUUAUUUAGCAAUUCAUUUGCGGUGGCCAAACUUGGAGCAAGUCUUCAUCAUGAUGAUCGACGAGAGCUGUAUCCCAUCCUUCGGUUUUAUGGGUCAAGCCCCAGCCAACUGCUUGGUAGAUGCGAGGGAGACUGCGACAAGGAUUUAGACUGCAUUUCGGCCGACCUGGUUUGUUUUCAGAGGGGUGCGAACGACGUUGUUCCGGGUUGUUCCGGGGGCCAGUCUGAUGUUUCACUGUCUGACUACUGUGUACUUCGAACUGAUUUGAAUGCACCACCUUCCACUCCAGCACCAAUCCCAGCGCCGACACCAUAUAUCACUCCAAGAGCAGGCAUCCCCAUCAAGUAUACUACCAACUUUCCUCUUGGACUAUGCGAAGGGGAUUGUGAUAGCAACUUUGAUUGUGCUGGUGACUUGGUCUGCUUUCAACGAGAUGAAUUCAAGCCUGUUCCCGGUGGUUGUAUCGGUGGCGAAAACGAUGGCAGCCGAACAGAUUACUGUGUACCUCCAAACAUUGGCGACCUUACUCCUACAUUGCCUCCAACACCACCACCAGUUCCUAGUCCAACACCCGACUUGCCGAUCAAAUGGAGUACCAACUUUCCGUUGACACGUUGCCAAGGAGAUUGCGAUUCAGAUUUAGAUUGUAUUGGUGAUCUAGUAUGCUUCCAGAGGGAUGGAUACGAAGCAGUUCCAGGGUGCAGUGGCGGAGAAUCAGACAGAAGUCGGGUCGACUAUUGUGUUUUGCCAAAUUAUAACGAUCAGCCCACCCCAACAAUGCCACCGACACCUCCACCGACCCUAUCACCAACUCCUCCGCCGACCCUACCACCAGUUCCUAUUACUACACCGACAGUAGCCCCAGUGCCGACCCCAACGCCUCCUCCUACAUUGGCUCCUGUUCCGAACCCAACACCGCCACCAACGAUAGCUGUACUUACACAAAAGCCGAGCCGUCCACCGACCGUGGCCCCAAUCACAAAUCCGACACUAAUCCCUGUUCCUAUACCAACCGCUGCCCCUAUUCCUGGUCCUACACCGCCACCGACGACAGCUCCGAUCCCCAACCCGACUCCGGAUCCGACCCCGCCACCUACAGUUGCUCCUGUUUCCGAUCCGACUCCCAAUCCUACAGUUGCUACACCGCCACCAACACUGGUAACCCCACCACCGACUGCAGCUUUGACUCCGCCGCCGACUCCACCACCAACAUCACUUGUUCCAAUCCAAUGGAGUACAGUUUUUCCACUUCGACUAUGUCAAGGAGAUUGUGACUCGGAUUCGGACUGCGAAGGAACUCUAGUCUGUUUCCAAAGGGACGCAGGAGCGGCUGUUCCUGGCUGUUCAGGCGGCGAAACUGAUGAUUCACGGGUUGACUAUUGUGUUGUUGACAAAGACCGAAUGGGGCCGCUACCAACUCCUCCGCCAGUGUCUGGCCCUGGUGUCGACAAGCCGAUUAAAUGGAGUACCAACUUUCCGCUGGGCGAAUGCGAAGGAGAUUGCGAUUACAAUGAAGACUGUGGUUUCGGACUGUUCUGUUGGCAAAGGUCAAGCGGAGAGAGCAUUCCCGGUUGCAGCGGAACCGACACUUCAUCCGUGGAUUAUUGCAUACCCAAGUCAAAGGCACCGGGAAAGAAGAUCAAGUUGUUUUGGGACAACUAUUUUUGGCAAGAGUCCUAUGUGGAAAGGUUUUGGUGUAUGACUUGCACCGAAUGCGAGACUCUCACAACUGGAGAUGGCUGGGAAGGAGGCUGCAGGGAGCCAGAGAAUAGUCAAUGUAAGGAAGGCCACUUGAUUUGGAUCCAGCGAUGCCGGGACACUAGAAAUCGAAUGGAAAUUAUUGAGAAUGCGCGAUCUGGGGAUCAGGUUCGAGUCUACGGCACCAAUCUUUGUUUCUCGACUAUCAAUGGUCGGUGGUUGGAAUUGAAACCUUGCGACAACAGCCUGUCAAACCAACUUUGGACUCCACUUGCUGACCGUAACAAAUUCGAGUUGCGCCCGUACAGCCAACGGAACCGUCCAACAAAUGAAGCGACUUGUCUCAGCCAGCUACACCACCCAAAAGGCACAGAAGUUAUUGCAUUGCGGUCCUGCCGAGAGAACAUUAACCAUGAGACAAAUUACUGGACUGAAUAUUACGGAUGA